AUGAUGCUCCGGCAUAUGGAACUUCACUCACAUGCAGACAGUGUAGAGGGAGCAGUACUGGAGACUAUCAAAGAAGGACAAGUAAGAAUCUGCCUGAUCCCUAACAGUCCAAAGCUCUCUCCUCCCCAGAGGCUAAAAAAGUAGUAAGCGCGAAAGGAGCGAUGAAAGAGAGAAAAGGCAAAGUUCAUUUUCUUCUCUCCCCUACCCAUCACGCCGCGCUCUGUUUUUUCUGCUCUCCCCAGCCUACCUGUGACACAGUAGGGAGUUUGAGCAACAACGACGGCGACGGCGACGGCGACGGCGACGGCAACGAGAACGUCAAAAAAUCAAUAGGUUUAUCAAGUAAAACAUCAAGUUUGCACUUGCAUCACACUUUUUUGUACAUUUCUUUGCCGUUUAUAGAGGACGUAAACAAGUGACGAAGAAAUUUUCUUACUCUUUCUAAACUCGAGUGCAGUGCCCAAGAAAUCAACUCCAGGGAAGUUUGCCUCCAUUAGACAAUUUUAGCGAAUUGGAAUAAACGCGACAAAGUCUGAAAAAACGUUUUCGCUGCCGUCGCCGUCAUCGAUGCUAAAACUCCCUAGAGAGUCCUCUGCGGCGGAGAGAGAGUUCAAGAAUUGUAAAAAUUCAAGAAAUGCACUAGAUUUCAUGUUGUUUAGUUCUGAGGAAUAUAUAGCGUCAUGUGAAAAUCCUGCUAGUGUAGGGGGUGUGUGCGAGUAACUCGCUCGUUACACGAGGUGGUACCGAGAGUCUACUUCUUUCAUCUUGGUUUUUGCUUCUCUUUGCUUCCUCAUCUUCUUAACUCCUUCUCUUACCAACUCGUAACUCUAUUAAUCUUCUCUUCUUCUCUUACUAUUAAGGCCCGGUUCAGACGCCGAACUUUUCAUGAGCCGAACCUAAUUCGAAUUAAGGCCGACUCAAAUUAUUUAGACCGGCUGAAUUGAUUCAGACGCCGAUCUUAAUAAUUCCAGCCGAAAUAAAUUCAAAACGAGAAAAAGGCUCAUUUCGGUCAAACUACGUACAAAAUACGUUAAUGGUAAUUUAGGCAUUAGGUUCGGUGCAUGAAAAGUUCGGCGUCUAAAUUAUUAAGUCGCUCCAAAGGAGAAAUUCCCUGCCGGGUCAGGCGAAAAGAACGGCUGAGCCGUUCCAUAUUAAAAUAGGCGUUCCUAAUUGAUCCAGAGGCCGAACUUUUCAUGUACUUAAUUCAAUGUAUUAGGUUCGGCUCAUGAAAAGUUCGGCGUCUGAACCGGGCCUAAGUCAAAUAGUAACGAUUUUUAUAGCCAAAGCUGGACAUGUUUGGGCUAGCUGACCGUGGGAAUAAGAACAAGGUAAAGGAGCUCGGUGUGGGUAGUGUUUUGGUACAACUGAAUGUACACGGCUAUGAUCGGCAAGAAGCUACAGACCAAUGAAAAGCUAAAAUGCUUGUUAAAAAACCCAAACAGGAACUUCAACUCGACUUAUGAACUAAGGUCUCAAACACGACCACCUACAGUUUGUAUGAAAAACUAACCUCUGACAAUGGCAAGCGAAGAAUGUUCUCAAAAUGGCAGUAAGUAAAUUCGCCAGCUAAGCAAAAAUUCAAAUACUAGUAAAAUCAUAGAGCAAAACAGGAAAUCACCCAUAACAAAAUCAAGACAAACCUUGACCCACUUAAUGAGACAAGAACGAAACUUAAAAAAUGAGAUAGGUCUGAAAAGUAAAAUACUUCACAACACUAGCUUGUGACUUUUCCGACUCUCGCUUCUUCGUCUGCGUUCGCAGUCUUAAAACUCGUCAAUAAAAUGAAUUAUUUCAAUGGCUAGAUCGCGAGAAGGUUUUUGUCCUCAAACUCAAAAGUUGGAGCUCUGUUGCAUGAGCAUCACUGAAGGAGAUGCUAGUUUUUCGUAAUAUUCAAUAUCCUGUUCUAGUCGGUUUUCUCUCUCCCACCUGCGGACUAACUUAGCCCUGUGGCUCUCUCGUAUUCUGAGAUGGGACGAGAAGGAACGGAGAGGAACUUGUUUCUCUAAUUUAUCGCCUCCUCCCCUGCCCUUUGUCCAAAUUUCUUGCUCCUUACAUUGGUACCCUUCCGGAAAUGGCUUCAUGUAAAGGAAUCCUGAAAUAAUUAGUGACCUGAUUGUCUUAAGUUGUUAUGUAGCUGAAGUUUAACCCCGACAAUUCGCGCUGGUUUGAGCUCUCAGUGGCUACCUCUAGGUCACAAGACCGUAUCGCAAAUGAAGAGUCCCUCUGCUUCGGGGACUGACAUAAACGCCAGUAAAAUGCUCUCUACGAAACUAUUCGUUGUGCUUUCUUUCUUUUAAUCUCACUGUAAAAUAAUCCUGUUUUGUGCUCUCUCGCCGUCUGAUAUCAUUACCCUCCAUCUUGCAGUGUUUAUGUUUAAGUUCCAUAACCAACUUUUACCUUCAGUUUUUGAUACCUUUUUUAAUCCUGUUAGGAACAUACAUAGAUAUAACACUAGGUUGUCCUCCAGGAAGACUUAUGCUAACCCUAAAGCCAGAACAAAUUAUGGAAUUUUCAAUUUAAGGUUCCAGGGUGCUAAAGUUUGGAAUGAUAUAACUGAUGACAUCAAGCUCCUCUAUCUCCAGCGUCUUAAGAAAAAGCUAAAGUCAAUUCUUAUUGAUAAAUAUUAACUGCAGUUUUAUCAACACCAUAUUUUUUUUGGCUUUCCGUUGUUUAAUAUUGGCAUACUCAGGUUUCUUUUGUUGUCUUUCUUUUUGAACUAGUUUUUUUCCUUUUUUUUGCGUCUGUGUUUUGUGUAGCUGUGUGUAGUGUGUGGUACGUGACCCUUAAUUUAAUCAUUUAUUAAUAACCUAAGUAAGGCUGCCUUAUCUUUUUAGCCCUCAACGGUUAUUAUGGACAGCCUGUACCCUCUCCAUAUUCUAUAGUAAUAUUUUUGUAUCAUGUAAAUCAAUGUAGGGUACAAAUAAAGUUGUUGAUGUUGUUCUCUCGCAAAUACAGUUUCUCGCCCUCACAAUUCUUGCACGUGCUCCAGUACAAAUAUGGAAGUAAUUUAUGCAAAGUCUUCCCGUAAAGGAAGGGUAAAUCUAAACUUCUCGCACAACUCUUCGCCUUGAGACCAGUUAGUGUUCAAACUGUGAAUUGUUUGUCUACUACCCUGACAGGUUUUGACUGGAGACCUUGGUGGCCGUAGCACGUGUUCUGAGUUUACACAGGAGAUCUGCCGGAAGCUUGAAUAGUUUUUUAACGUCUCUGAAUCUGUCCAAGCUGGUUUUGGAGUUCAUCGAUGUGAUUGGACCUAACUUUGAUGGAGCCAUUUUAUCAUUUGGUGAUUAAGUUAUCGUUUUCCACAGAUGUAUUUUUCCGGCCGUAGGUUUUUUCGCCUUUGGAUAUCGAAAUUUCAAUGGCAAAUUUAAAUUUUGUUCUUUCUCGCCACUCUCAAUCCCAAGAUUAUACCUUCAGAAACUGUGAAUUGAAAUAUUUUCUGUUACAACAAGCGAAUGACGUUCUCUCCUUUUCUUCUUAUUUUUGCGUAUUUCAACUGUAAAUUAUCAGAACGUUGCAAAUCGAAGAUGCUCUUAUGACUAGCAACUUAUUUCUAUUAAUGUUCUAAAAUGAUUUGUAAAUUUUAAAAUCAGGCUAGUUUAUUUGCCCGUUGUUACAAAGUGGUCUUAGUUGAUUGACUUUCGGACAUAAUUCCCUUGAGCUGUAAGAUUUAUGUAAGUUCAAUUAGAUUAUUGCAAAUUGUACAUUGAAGUCAUAAAGAGAGAAAGAUAGACGCUGAUUUAUGUUUUCAUGUGUUUGUGUCACCAUACUCACGAUCAGCAAAGGUUUCUCUCCCC